CUACAUCAUAUUCUUAUUUGCUGAUCCUAAAUUCCCUGAGAACAAUUUCUGAGAAAUUAAGAAUCCAAAAUCACAACAUGCCCAUCAUUUAAUUUCAAGAAAGAUCUUAACUUGGCGCCAAAUACCUCUAAAUUUUUAAUCUUUUUCCAAACCCCAUUAAUUUCUUGUUAAUUUCCCCACAACUUAAAUUAAAAAAGUAACCAGCUUUGGCAUUAUUGUAUGGAAAUACUCUCUGAUAAUUUUUUAUUAUUAGCUUUUGGAUUAAUCCCCUGAUGAGUCCUUGUAUUCUUUAUUAUUAUAAGUUGAAUAAGUUAAGUUGUAGUUAUUGUAGGUUGAGAUCCACCAUAGAUGCUACUGCUAUGAAUUUAUUGCAAUUAUUCCAAAGAUCAAGGAGUUUACUUUUUAGUUAAGUUUGUUGAUUAAUGGGCCUUAAUCGAAUCAGAUUAUUUGGUGAUUCUCAAUCUCAUAGCUACAACAACAACAAAUCUCUGCUUCCCAGAAAUCUUCAAGCCAUGAAAACAAGAAAGAUUUUUGGGGUGUCUCUUUCUCUCAUUCUUAUAAACUUGGCUGCUAUAAUGGAGCGUGCUGACGAAAAUCUUCUUCCUGCUGUGUACAAAGAAGUUAGUGAAGCUUUUAAUGCCGGUCCAUCUGAUUUAGGGUACCUUACUUUCAUAAGGAAUUUCGUGCAAGGACUAGCAUCACCCCUUGCAGGUGUAUUAGUUAUAAACUAUGACCGUCCUAAAGUUCUAGCAAUGGGUACAUUCUGCUGGGCCUUAUCAACUGCUGCAGUAGGUGCAAGCCAGCAAUUUUUACAAGUUGCUUUCUGGAGAGCAGUAAAUGGGUUUGGACUAGCAAUAGUGAUACCAGCGUUGCAGUCUUUUAUCGCCGAUAGUUAUACGGAAGGCGUGAGAGGCACUGGAUUUGGAAUGGUGAACCUUAUUGGUAACUUAGGUGGCAUAGGUGGUGGUGUGCUGGCAACUAUUAUGGCUGGUCAGCAAUAUUGGGGCAUUCCGGGAUGGCGUUUCACCUUCGUACUGAUGGCAACACUGAGUUCAGUUAUUGGAUUUCUUGUGUUAUUUUUUGUUGUUGAUCCAAGGAAAACAACUAGCAUCCAGCGAGACACCCGUGAAAGUGUCGAAAGGGAUGUGCUGAUAGAAAAGAACAAUUCUAGCGUAUCAUCCGUUUGGACCGAGUCCUGGAUAGCCAUGCAGGCUGUUAUGAAAGUGAAAACUUUUCAGAUAAUUGUUCUGCAAGGGAUUGUUGGUUCUCUACCAUGGACUGCCAUGGUGUUCUUCGCUAUGUGGUUUCAGCUAAUCGGUUUUGAUCACAAUAGCACAGCUUUCCUCCUAAGUCUUUUCGCUAUUGGAUGUGCAUUGGGUUCCCUCAUUGGCGGAAUGAUAGCAGAUCGAAUGUCACGUAAAUAUCCUUACGCUGGGCGUGUCAUGUGUGCACAGUUCAGUGCUAUGAUGGGAAUUCCAUUCUCAUGGUUUCUGCUCAAAGAAAUACCACUAUCAGUAAGCAGCUAUCACAUUUUCGCCGUUACUAUAUUUAUGAUGGGCCUAACUAUCAGCUGGAAUGGAACUGCUGUCAAUGCGCCAAUUUUCGCUGAGGUGGUACCCGUAAGACACCGAACCAUGAUUUAUGCGUUUGAUCGUGCUUUUGAAGGAUCACUGUCUGCAUUUGCUGCUCCGCUGGUUGGAAUUCUUUCUGAAAAUAUAUUUGGUUAUGAUUCAAAGUCUAUCGAUCCUAUUAACGGUUCUGUGCAGCAAGCUACUGCACUGUCAAAGGGACUUCUUUCAAUGAUGGCAGUUCCGUUUGGAUUGUGCUGUUUGUUUUAUUCUCCACUGUAUAAAUAUUUUAAACAGGAUCGUGAGAAUGCUCGGAUGGCAAGUGCAAAAGAGGUAGAGAUGAUGCGAGGAGAUUUUUAGAUGAUCGUAAAUACAACUAACACACUGCGUUUUUCAUAGUUUUGUUGACAAUUGAUGCUUCAUUCCUUCUUCGCAACUGAAGCAUAUACCUAUAGCCUAUGAUGCACAGAAAAUUGUCAAUUUUCAUAUUUAGGCGUUUCGUUUUCAUUUCUGAAAUGCUAACUUUGGAGAGCUUCAACGAGGACAGUUUAAUUUGGUUCAUGUUGCUUCUUCUCAUUGUAUAAGAUUUUAAAGCAGGAGCAUGAAAAAUGUUGGAAGAACGAAAAAUGUGCACAUUUAUGUACUACUAAAUUUAUCAUAGAUAAUGUUUUUGUUGAGAA